CGAUAUCAAGUAGGUUCCGCCUUCUCCUUCCAAGUCCUAGCAAGAUGGCUGCCACAUCACAAUUAGAAAGUCUUGUAACACGCCUAGAGCAAGUGACGACGCGGCUUGAAAAUGUCUCUCUCAAAUCAAAAGGAACUGGAGGCCAAAGUGCAGUCAUAGAUGAUGUUCCAGAAUUUGUAGAGGAAUUUGACCAGUUUCUUGGUGGAACUGUUGCAAACUACAUGAAACUUUCAUCAGAAAUUGGAGAUGAUGUUAAAACACAGGCUGAUUUGGUUGAUGGUGUGUUCAAAUUACAAAGGCAAUUUUUACUGGUAGCUGGAAAGCAUAGCAUGCCUUCACAGGAUGAAUUGAUGAAACUCCUCAAGCCAACAUCUGAAAAGAUAACAACAGUUCAGGAAUUCAGAGAAAAGAAUCGGAAAUCAAAAUUAUUUAAUCACCUUUCCAUUAUAAGUGAAGGAAUACCAGCUUUGGGUUGGGUGGCUGUGAGUCCAAAGCCUGCAAAUUACGUAAAGGACAUGAUUGAGUCAGCUCAGUUUUAUAUCAACAGAGUUAUUAAGGAUUACAAAGAAAGCAACCCAAAGCAUGUUGAAUGGGCAAGGUCAUUUCUCAAGAUUCUAACAGACCUGCAAGAAUAUGUAAAACAAUAUCAUGGUAUUGGUGUGUUUUGGAACAAGGAGGGAACACCAGCAACAUCAGGGGCACUCCAAGGAACCCCAGCAGGUGGAGCAGCAGCCCCAGCAGCCCCAGCAGCCCCAGCAGCGCCACCUGCAGGAGCACCCCCUCCACCACCACCACCAGCAAUUGACCCACCAGCACCUGCACCAGCAACUUCAGGUGGCAGUGACCAAGCAGGGAAAUCAGCUUUGUUUGCUGCCCUGAACAAGGGUUCUGAUAUAACCAAAGGCCUAAAAAAAGUAACAAAGGAUAUGCAAACGCACAAGAACCCUAAUUUACGUGGAGGUAGCACUGUGCCUGCAAAGUCAAGUGCUACAAUAACAGCACCCAAACCAUUCAAGCCCAAUGCUCCUGUCAAAAAGCCACCAGUCAUGGAGCUCAGAGACAAGAAGUGGAUUGUAGAAUUCCAGGAAGGAAGAAAAGAUUUGGUUAUUUCUGAAGUAAACAGGAACCAGACAGUUUAUGUCUACAAGUGCAACAACAUUGUUUUGCAAAUUAAAGGAAAACUCAACUCUGUCACGCUUGAUAGCUGCACAAAAUCAGCUGUUGUCGUUGAUGACCUUGUUGCAACUUGUGAAUUUGUCAACUGCAAAAGUGUUCAGACACAGAUCAACGGAAAAGUGCCAACAGUUUCAAUUGACAAGACAGAUGGGUGCCAAGUUUACCUCAACAAAGAUACCCUUGAUGUUGACAUUGUGACAGCCAAGUCAUCAGAAAUGAAUGUUCUCAUACCUAACAGCGAAGGAGAAUUUGUCGAGUACGCACUUCCAGAGCAAUUUAAAACAAAGUGGACGGGAAAAACACUUAAAACAGGUGUGCUCGACAUAGCUGGAUAGAACAUUCUCACUGGGCAGUCUCCUUUGAGUUAUGAAAAGGCUUAAUCUAAUCUACUGUAUUCGGGAUUAAUGUUAAAUCGUUAGGAAAAAGAACAUAGUUUUCUUAUCUUGAUCAUCGUUUUAUUCCAACAAUCUUUUCUAAUGAAAUUCGAUUUAUUUAAA